AUGGAAAACAAAUCCGAGGAAAUACCAGAAAAUGGGCAAAUCGCGCUCCUCACACCUUACAAAAUGGGAAAAUUUCAGCUGUCUCACAGAAUUGUUUUGGCACCACUUACGAGGCAGAGAUCCUAUAACAAUGUUCCUCAGCCACAUGCUAUCUUAUAUUACUCUCAGAGGACAACUGAAGGCGGAUUUCUCUUAACAGAAGCCACUGGAGUUUCUGAUACUGCCCAAGGCUAUCCUGAUACACCCGGAAUAUGGACAAAAGAACAAGUCGAGGCAUGGAAACCCAUUGUGGAUGCAGUUCAUGCCAAAGGUGGUAUCUUCUUUUGCCAGAUUUGGCAUGUAGGGAGGGUUUCAAAUACAGGGUUUCAACCCAACGGGCAGGCUCCAAUAUCUAGUACGGAUAAGGGAUUAGCGCCACAAGUUCGAGCUAAUGGUGUUGAUGUUGAACAGUUUUCACCUCCACGACGGCUAAGGACUGAUGAAAUUCCUCAAAUUGUCAAUGAUUUCAGGCUUGCUGCAAGAAAUGCUAUAGAAGCUGGUUUCGACGGGGUUGAGAUCCAUGGGGCACAUGGUUAUUUAAUUGACCAGUUUUUCAAAGAUCGAGUGAAUGACCGAACUGAUCGAUAUGGAGGCUCUCUGGAGAACCGUUGUCGACUUGCUCUAGAAAUAGUUGAAGCUGUUACUAAAGAAGUAGGUGCUUACAGAGUCGGGAUUCGACUUUCUCCCUUUGCGGAUUUCAUGGAGGCUGGAGACUCGAACCCGAAAGCUCUCGGACUUUACAUGGCUGAAGUGCUUAAUAAAUACGGAAUUCUGUAUUGCCACAUGGUCGAGCCAAGGAUGAGAAAUGUUAUAGAGAAAAUGGAAUGUCCUGACAACCUUGUACCGAUGAGAAAGGCGUUUAAAGGUACGUUCAUUGCAGCCGGGGGUUAUGAUAGGGAAGACGGUAACAACGCCGUGGCUGAAAACCGCGCUGAUCUUGUUGCCUUUGGUCGUUUCUUCUUGGCUAAUCCUGAUUUACCAAAGAGAUUCGCAUUGAAUGCUCCCCUAAACCAUUAUAACAGGAAUACAUUUUAUGUACCUGAUCCUGUCGUAGGCUAUACAGACUACCCAUUUCUUGAAGAAAAUUAUUGA